AUGUCCAAUAUCACCGCCGCCAGACCGUGUUAUAUUAGAGACACAAAGUCAAAUGCGCACGCCCAACCCGCCACUCGUCAGGUCCUAGUCUUACCUAGCAGCGCUGCACCUGCACCCACACCUGCACCCACACCGUCGCCAGCAACCCGCUCCCGGCUAGCGGCUCCCACGGCGACCAGACCCCGUCAGCCUUCCCAGUCGUCGUCUCCACAUCCACAUCCACCUGCGCAUACGCCUGGCCGGCCUACCCAGCGCUACUUACUUUCGUCUGCUGCACCACCCCAUCAUCUCCAUCGCCUAGCCCAUCUCCAUCUCCGUCUUAUUCCAUCCUUUUCCUGUCCCGCCGUUCGCUCCUCGUCUCUACCACCUCACACCACCACACCCUCGCAGCCCACCCCAGCCCGUCGCUUGUCUCCCCUCUCCUGCUGCCGCCAACUACUACUUACUUGCUCGUCGUCUUCGGCCUCUCCGCACAGCCAAGCCCUGCCUAGUUUCAGCGACGCGCGCCCGCCCCGUCCACUCCCAGACGCCCCCAAACUAAAGCGACUCGUCUGGUUUCACCUCUUCUUUCGGUGCGCAUACAGCGUCUCACCUGUCCCCGGCAGCCCUACAAACCGUCUGCUGCCUCUGUCCUCACCUAGCACACUUCGUCUGUGCCCGAAAAGCAAGUCUUUCCCCGCCAAACACGCCUAUAUCCACACGCUUUCAGCCGCCGCCAGCGGCUGA